AUGUCGAACAGUGGCUCGGGCUCUUCCUCGCGGAAGGAGUUCGAUGUGAAACAGAUCCUCCGGAUCCGAUGGAGGUGGUUCGGUCACCCCGCGGUUCCUCCGCCUCACUCUCCGCCACUCGGAGACUACUUCAGCGCGAGGAGAACGGCAGGCAGUCCGGCGGACGGUCCCUCUGUUAGCGGCUGCAGCAACUUAAAUUCAGCCCGUGCUAACCAGAGCUCCGGCUGUCACAGCGGACUAGUGGCAAGCGGCAGCGCCGGGUCUAACCUGUGUAACGGUACCGGCAGAAAGUUUGGUGAUCCUGUGGGGAGUCGGGGAGGUCCGGCUGGAGCGACAGCUGGAGCCACGGGGAACUCCUGUACCCGAUCCCUCAGCCAGCCUGAGUGCAGGAGCUCCGCCGCGGCGCUCUCCUGGAUUUCUCCGCCGCCUCGUCGCCGUGCGCGUCCGGUGACAAAUAUGGAGCCCCCUGGUGAGGCCCCGGUGCCCCAGGUGGUAGUUGAUCCGUCCGCUCCUGCCGGGAUGGAGGAGGUGGCGGCGGGAGCGGCGGGGACAGAGGAGAGCAACCAUCCGGAAACUGACUCCAGCUCCUGCAGGACAUCUAACAGCAGCGCAACCCUGUCCUCAUGCGUGUCCAUGGAGCCAUGCGCCUGUCCAGAGGAGUCCUUAUUUACUGCUAUGUCUCAUGCUGAUGUCACUUUCCACAAGAUGGAGGGCUACCUGAGGAGCAGGCAGCUAUGUGAUGUCAUUCUGGUGGCUGGAGAAAGGCGGAUACCUGCACACAGACUAGUGCUGUCGUCUGUUUCUGACUACUUUGCGGCCAUGUUCACCAGCGAUGUACGUGAGGCCAAACAGGACGAGGUGAAGAUGGAGGGAGUGGACCCUGAGGCGCUGUGGGUCCUGGUUCAGUACGCAUACACAGGUCGCCUGGAGCUGAAGGAGGACACCAUCGAGUCUUUGUUGUCGGCCUCCUGCCUGCUGCAGCUGUCGUCGGUGGUUGAAGCUUGCUGCUCCUUUCUAGUGAAGCAGCUCCACCCCUCUAACUGUCUCGGCAUCCGUUCCUACGCCGACGCCCAGGGCUGCCAUGACCUGCAGAGGGCCGCUGACUAUUACACCAUGGAGCACUUUCUGGAGGUAGUGGGAGGCCAGGAGUUCCUUGUACUCCCCGUAGAGGAGAUGGAAAGGCUGCUGACAUCUGAUGACAUCCAAGUGCCAGAUGAGGAAACCGUGGUGACCUCUCUGCUGAGCUGGGUCAGUCAUGAUCCUGCCACUCGGCAGCGCCACCUACCAUCCCUGCUGGCUCACAUCAGACUACCUCUGCUACAACCACAGUUCUUGGCUGACCUGGAGUCCAACCCCCUCCUCCGUGACAGCGUGGAGUGUCAGCGACUCCUGAUGGAGGGGAUGAAGUAUCACCUCCUGCCACAGCGCCGGCCACUGCUUCAGAGUCCUCGCACCCGGCCCCGGAAGGCUACAGUUGGGGCCAUGUUUGCCGUGGGCGGUAUGGACGCCUCGAAAGGAGCCACCAGUAUCGAGCAGUACUGCCUGCGCCGGGACACGUGGAGACAGGUGGCCACCAUGAGCGGAAGGAGACUGCAGUUUGGGGUUGCUGUCCUCGAUGGCCGUCUGUACGUGGUCGGAGGCCGAGACGGACUCAAGACCCUUAACACAGUGGAGUGUUACAAUCCACACAGCAAAACCUGGAGCGUCAUGCCUCCCAUGUCCACACAUCGGCACGGCCUGGGUGUAGCUGUCCUAGAGGGACCUAUGUAUGCAGUAGGAGGACAUGACGGCUGGAGCUACCUCAGCACAGUGGAAAGGUGGGACCCUCAAGCUCGCCAGUGGAGUUUUGUUGCAAGCAUGGCUACACCCAGAAGCACAGUGGGAGUAGCCGUUCUCAAUGGAAAGCUGUACGCUGUAGGAGGUCGUGACGGCUCGUCCUGCCUGCGAUCAGUGGAGUGCUUCGACCCCCACACUAACAGGUGGACUAGUUGUGCUCCAAUGGCUAAAAGGCGUGGAGGAGUGGGGGUUGCCACCUGGCACGGUUUCCUAUAUGCCAUUGGUGGUCAUGACGCCCCGGCAUCAUCCCUUGCAUCUCGAUUAAGUGACUGCGUGGAAAGAUACGAUCCUCAGACGGAUGUUUGGACCACGGUGGCCCCCAUGAGCAUCAGCAGGGAUGCCGUUGGUGUUUGUCUCCUCGGGGACCGUCUCUAUGCUGUGGGCGGCUAUGACGGACAGGUGUACCUAAAUACUGUUGAAGCCUACGACCCUCAGACCAAUGAGUGGACCCAGGUUGCCCCUCUGUGCCUGGGCAGGGCAGGGGCCUGUGUGGUGGCCGUCAGACUGUGACAUGUAGGAGGACUGUCUGCCUAUGACCUGAGAUUGAACCGUACCUGCUGCUGCUGAGGAGACAUCGAGUGAAGCAGCUGUCUUCAUUAAGGAAAGAAAGGAUGGUUUCUGGGCCCUCUCUAGGGGUCCGUUUUACAAAGCAGCAUAACAGAAAAUUCUAAGUUUUCUAAAAUAAGGGAAACUCUGAGUUUUCCGUUUCACAAAGAGUUUAGUCAACCUCUGUUUCCUCUGUCUCCGCUCUCCUUACAGCCAAUCACGUUGUUUUAUUUCCUGAUUUAGUCAGGAGAUUUUUGGUCAUAGGUUUGUGCAUAAAAAUAUAAAUAAAUAAUUCCCUAGGUCAGUUACACAGAUUAGCUUUAUAAAACAAACAUUGCACGUCCGUUUGACAAGGAUCUUAUUAAAGACUGAUCUGCAUUUUUUUCCAGAGAACUAAAUACUUAUAGAGGAUUCUACAACUCAGGUGGCAGGAUAUGAAAUUUAUGUUAUGGUUUGUUUAAUAUGAGCGACAUGUAGAUUAUCUUAUUUUUAUUUAUUUAUUUUUACAGUACACGAAGAACUAUUCAAAUUGUUUUCAGAUUAUGCAUAAAAAAAUUAAUUAAUCUCACUGGGGGAAAAGGAAUUACCUUAGGAUUCAUUUUGUGUUAGGUUGCCUUAACAACCUAAUGAGUCCACUGGCACAAUCUGAUGCCAUUCUGUGGGAUUGAUAACCGCUAUUAACAACCAUUUAUUGGUAUGAUAACAUCCAAAGCGGCCAAACAGCCACCUAGUAUUUACUGUGUAAAAGAAGACAGAGCCUGUUCAUCGUCUCAUGGGUUCUCCAUGGUUUGAUUCUAUCUAUUAGAACGUUUUUUAUCCUUGAUCUUCACCUGCUGCCAGAUGAUUUCACCUAAUUAGACACAUUGAUCUACUGCUAUUCAAGAAAUAAACCCUUAAUGUUAUCGUGAUCACAAUACGCUAUUGCAAGCAGUUUUGAUAUGUAUUAAUUUUACUGAACAUGAAUUCCUGAAAUUUAAAAAAAACAAAAAACAAACAUUUCCUUGUCAAAAGGACCAUUUCAAACAAAAUGACUUUCUUCAUAUCUGGAACAAACAUUCUGGAUGUUUAGAUAUCAAUUUCAGGUCUAUAUUCCUAUUGUUACGGGUCAGCAUUUGUAUCAUUUUGAGUUUGAAGAAAUGUAUUUUAAAUAUCAUAAGUACAUAUUCAAUCAAGCUGGUAUAUUGGAGCAGCUAAAUCCCUACGACGA